AUGGCCGAAGCCGAGACGGACACCGCCGGAAGAACUUGUCACGCCAAAACCAAGGGCAAGAAAGACGGCGGGAGGAAGGUAAAAGCCAAAGCAGAACCAAACACCGCAAGACGGUGCACUACUACGCCUGAUGGAGCUGCUGACCCUGCUCCGCUGCCCGCCAUGCCGCCCAAGGCAAAAGGGGAAUCGCCACGCAUGGAGAGGAGCCGCAGAGACGCCAAUAGACCAUCUUCCGUCUUGCCUCUGCUCGGUUCAUUUUGGCUCGCUUCGGCUCGGCGGCUCGUCUCAUCCGCCUGUGCUCGAUUCGUUUUGGCUCGCUUCGGCGGCGGCGGCGACUCGUCUCAUCCGCCUCUGCCUUGUGCCUAG